GCGACCCGGCUGAGCGCAGCGCCAGGAAGCGGCCGGCCGGCUCCGGGCACGGCGGACCCGGUAGCCACCGUCCUCCCACCUCGGGGGCUGGGCGGGCGGCGGCGGCUCCGCCCCGCUGCGGGGGCCGCCCGCGCCGGCAGAGGCGGCUCCCUUCGCCCCUGUGACGCCGGCGGCGCUGGAACACCUGGAGGCGCGGCGGUGGCGCCUCCGGCUCGGCCCUCCCCUCCGCUCCGUUCCGCCGGGGGCAAGUGUCUGAAAGAAACAAGAAACAUGGAAGGUCAUAAGUACAAUUAUCCAAGGGAAUUUUAUGACCAAUAUGCUCAAAGCCAAGAAAAAUCUGUGGUCAAUAAAAUGCAACAGAAAUACUGGAAAACAAAACAAACCCUUAUAAAAGUUACAGGAAAAAAGGAAGAUGAACAUGUUGUGGCUUCAGAUGCAGAUUUGGAUGCAAAACUGGAGCUGUUCCAUUCUAUUCAGAGAACAUGUAUGGAGUUGCUGAAAGCAAUUGAACUGUAUCAAAAAAGGAUUUGUUUUCUGUCUCAGGAAGAAAAUGAAUUGGGGAAAUUUCUGCGAUCACAGGGUUCUCAGGAUAAAACGAGAGCAGGAAAAAUGAUGCAAGCCACAGGAAAGGCCCUCUGCUUUUCUUCUCAGCAAAGAUUAGCACUGCGUACUCCUUUGAGUAGAUUAUAUCAAGAAGUGGAGACUUUCAGAUAUAGAGCCAUCUCAGACACAUGGCUGACAGUAAACCGAAUGGAACAGUAUCGGACUGAAUACAGAGGAGCUCUACUUUGGAUGAAAGAUGUGUCUCAGGAGCUGGAUCCAGAUCUUUAUAAGCAGAUGGAAAAGUUCAGGAAGGGGUCGGAGAAUUGCUCACAUCUGCUGACUGUCAGUGGUUAUGAGGUUCAAGCUCAAGUGCGACAUGCAAAACUCAACUUUGACAAACUGAAGACUGACGUCUGUCAAAAAGUGGAUCUUUUGGGAGCAAGCAGAUGCAACCUCCUUUCUCAUGUGUUAACAACAUAUCAGACAACACUUCUUCAUUUUUGGGAAAAAACUUCACACACAAUGGCAGCCAUCCAUGAAAGUUUCAAAGGUUAUCAGCCAUAUGAAUUCACUAUGUUAAAGAGCUUACAAGAUCCUGUGAAUAAACUAACAGAAAAAGCAGAAAAGGAGGACCUGCAGAUUGAGAGCACCAAAUCGGUACAAGAUCAGCAGAGUCAGUUGAUUUCAUUAGAUGAGGAGAGCCAUACCAAGGAAUCAAACUAUUCAGCUGACGAUUGCAAGGAUGUCAUACCCACGUUACAAGGAAAUUGUAACCACAAGCAGAACUCAGGUGCCAUAGAUGACUUGUUAGACCUGCAACCUGAAGAAAAUGCUUCAAAGGAUCAGUUUGUGAGGUCCUUGGAGUCAGAAACUGGUGAUAAGGAUGACAUGGUAUUACUGAAUGAGAUCCUCAACGCUUCCUCCCUGGAUGAGGGGGAAUUCAGCAAAGAGUGGACAGCUGUUUUUGGACAGGUUGCACUUGCUGAUCUCACCAUGAACUCUUCAGCUGGGGAUGUGGAGAACACUUCAUCAUCUGUGGCACCAACACCAUCAGGCUUCUUGCCCUCACAGCUCUUAGACCAAAACAUGAAUGACUUGCAGUCAUCUUUACAUGGAUGGGCAACUAACAGUGUGAGCCCACCGUCUAUACCACAGCCAGCACAGAAACCAAACAGCCUGAAUGUGAAUGCUAACAAGACGCCCGUGAAAGAACCUACAAAGAAUCCUAAAGACUUGACUGCCUGGUUCAGUCUCUUUGCUGACCUUGACCCAUUAUCCAAUCCUGAUGCUGUUGGGAAAACCGAUAAAGAACAUGAAUUGCUUAAUGCAUGAGUCAGCUGCCUAUGGUAACUCACAUUCUUCCAUUCAUCAACACUAUUUUGGGGUUUAAAAAAACUAAAUGAAAGUUAGUAUGCUGUUGUGAAACUAUAAAGUAUGUGCCAUGAUAAUAAAACUAAAGGGAAUGAAUCCCCUUUUAUAUAGGUACAGUUAUUUGCUCUUGUUUUGUAUAAAGAGUUCGCAUUUAUUUUCUACGUGGAUUUACAAAAAUGAGGUUAAGAAUUAGGGCAGAUUUCUUGCCAAAUUAGAGUAUCUGCUGAAACACUGUCUUUGCCUGAGGUGAUGCGGAGCUAACACUGGAGUGAAAUACAAAUUGCAGACCUAUUUUUUUAUAAUGUUUCUUGAGUAAAUUAUAAUAAAAUAUCAUGUAACUGAGGCGGCUGCAUGAGUCAAACAUCUAUCAUGUAUAUAAUAUAUAUAUUACUGCUACGUUAAGAUGUCAACUAAAUUUGUUUUGUUGGUACUCACAGUGAAAAAUCUGUGCUGGGGCUAAUUACUGAAGAAAUACAUUUGGUUCUGUGCAGCCAUGGAAAUUGUGCCCUUUCUGUUUUAACUUAUUAGACAAACUGCACUACAUAAACAGAAGUCAUGCCCAGCAGGCUUCUCUUCUGAGGUUUUUCUCCAUUGCACCAACACAAUUUGCACCUGUUUGCAUAAGUUUCUUGCAACUGAUGCGUUAUCAUGCCUUCAAAAUAUUCAUACUUCUGUUCGGAGUAUUUUUCAUCCAAGUUAUUUCUGAAGCAUGUGUUAUUUUGCGCUUGUUGUGACAUUAACUCUUUAAUAAAAUGAUUUUGACAAAAAAGA